ACAGCAACUGCUUUCCUGAUCUGCAACUUGGCAGGACACUAAAAUGUCUGUGGACAUGAAUAGCCAGGGAUCUGACAGCAAUGAAGAGGACUAUGACCCAAAUUGUGAGGAGGAAGACGAGGAAGAGGAUGAGGACCCUGGGGAUAUAGAGGAUUAUUAUGAGGGGGUAGCAAAUGAUGUCGAACAACAGGGAGCAGAUGCCUUUGAUCCAGAAGAAUACCAGUUUACCUGCCUAACUUACAAGGAGUCAGAGGGCACCCUGAACGAGCACAUGGCCAAUUUGGCCACUAUGUUAAAGGUGUCUCAUUCAGUGGCUAAACUUGUAUUAGUUAAUUUCCACUGGCAAAUCUCAGAGAUACUGGAAAGACACAAGUCCAAUUCUGCUCAGCUGUUAGUUGAGGCCCGAGUUCAGCCCAGUCCAUCGAAACAUGUAAUGGUACAUUCCUCCCAUCACUGUGCAGUGUGCAUGCAGUUUGUUCGAAAGGAAAAUUUACUCUCUUUGGCUUGUCAGCACCAGUUUUGCCGAAGCUGUUGGGAGCAGCAUUGUACAGUGCUGGUGAAAGACGGUGUAGGAGUUGGGGUCUCCUGUAUGGCUCAGGACUGCCUUCUCAGAACACCAGAGGAUUUUGUGUUUCCUUUGCUGCCUAGUGAGGAGUUGAAAGACAAAUACAGGCGCUACCUCUUCAGGGACUACGUGGAGAGCCAUUAUCAGCUCCAGCUAUGUCCUGGUGCAGACUGCCCCAUGGUUAUCCAGGUACAGGAGCCUCGAGCUCGACGAGUGCAGUGCAAUCGAUGCAACGAGGUGUUCUGUUUCAAGUGUCGUCAGAUGUAUCAUGCCCCUACAGACUGCGCCACAAUCCGGAAAUGGCUCACAAAGUGUGCAGACGACUCAGAAACGGCAAACUACAUUAGUGCUCACACUAAAGAUUGUCCCAAGUGCAAUAUCUGUAUUGAGAAGAAUGGAGGCUGCAAUCACAUGCAAUGUUCUAAGUGUAAACAUGAUUUCUGCUGGAUGUGUCUAGGAGACUGGAAGACCCAUGGCAGCGAGUACUACGAGUGCAGUCGGUACAAAGAAAAUCCUGAUAUUGUAAACCAGAGUCAGCAGGCCCAGGCGAGGGAGGCCCUUAAGAAGUACUUGUUCUACUUUGAGAGGUGGGAAAAUCAUAAUAAGAGCUUACAGCUAGAGGCACAGACAUAUCAACGAAUUCAUGAGAAGAUCCAGGAAAGAGUAAUGAACAAUCUGGGGACUUGGAUCGACUGGCAAUACCUGCAGAAUGCUGCUAAGCUCCUAGCCAAGUGUCGAUAUACGCUGCAAUACACGUAUCCAUAUGCAUACUACAUGGAGUCUGGACCGAGGAAGAAGCUGUUUGAGUAUCAGCAGGCCCAGCUCGAGGCAGAAAUUGAGAACCUGUCAUGGAAGGUGGAGCGAGCAGAUAGCUAUGACAGAGGGGACUUGGAGAAUCAGAUGCACAUAGCUGAGCAGCGGAGGAGAACGCUGCUGAAGGAUUUUCAUGACACAUAAGUCAGGUCACAGGAGGAUACGGGGUGAGAGGGAAGAGAGCAUUGAGAAAACAAGGCAUCCAGCAGCAUCAUUGCAUGGAACGGGCACUGCCACUGGAGAGCACAGACCAAGAACAACGCCCCAGCCCCUCACAGCUCUCCCAUUUUAGUCACUUUCAGCUUUCUUCUCAUCUUUCCGCUUUUGUUUGUGCCAGGGUAGAGGCCAUAUUGAAUUGGCAUCCUUAUGGGACUUUGUAAAUUUCCCCUGGAUUGUUGUUGGGAGGGAGGGAAAGUUUUUCUGAAUGGCUGUUAAUAGUAUUAGAUCAUUACAACUUCUGUAAUUUUUAAAGGUUGUAAAAUUAUACAAAACAAAACAAACAAAAAAACCCUAGAAUAACACAGAACCCUUUUAAAAAAAUAAUAAAUUGGCAUU